AUGGCGGCUGGUGCUGCAAAGCUGAACGUUUUGCUGGCUUGUGCCUUGUUGCUCCUCGCUGUAGGGUGCAAGGCCAGCCCUUACUGGCCACUGGAGAUUGGGUUUUACCACGAUAAGUGCCCCCAAGCAGAGUCCGUCGUCAAGGGCGUCAUGGAGUAUGCCAUCUCCAAGAACCCCGGAAAUGGCGCCGCCAUGAUCCGCAUGCUCUUCCACGACUGCUUUGUCGAGGGUUGCGAUGCGUCCAUCUUCCUCGACCCGACACCGUUCAGCCCUACGCCAGAGAAGCUCAGCCCCCCGAACGACCCAUCCGUGCGCGGCUUUGAGCUCAUCGACGCGAUCAAGGAGGCCGUGGAGGCGGUCUGCCCGGGUGUCGUCUCCUGCGCCGACAUCCUCGCCUUCGCUGCCCGCGACGCAUCCUGCAUCCUCAGCAAAGGCACCGUCGCCUUCGACAUGCCAUCCGGCCGCCGCGACGGCACCUUCUCCAACGCCUCGGAGCCUCUCAAGUUUUUGGUCCCACCCACGUCCAACCUCAGCGAUCUCCUUGACAGCUUCGUCGUCAAGGGACUCAACGCCGAGGAUCUCGUCAUCCUCUCCGGCGCGCACACCAUCGGGCGCUCCCACUGCUCUUCCUUCGUGUCCGAUCGCCUCAAUACCCCCUCCGACAUCAACGGCGCCCUCGCUUGGUUCCUUCGGAGCCAGUGCCCCGCCGACGCUACCCCCGGCGGCAACGACCCGGUGGUGAUGCAGGACAUGGUGACGCCCAAUGUUCUCGACAGGCAGUACUACAAGAACGUGUUGUCGCACACGGUGCUCUUCACCUCCGACGCCGCGCUACUCACAUCGGAGGAGACGGCGAGGAUGGUGGAGGACAACGCCAACAUUCCUGGGUGGUGGGAGGGCAGGUUCGCCAAGUCCAUGGUGAAGAUGGCCGGCGUCGAGGUCAAGACCGGCGACCAGGGCCAGAUCAGGAAGAACUGCCGGGCAAUCAACUACCACUAG